ACUAUCGCAAUACACAAAAUCCGCUAUCUUGACAAGAAUGUUGAUCGGCUGAUUGCCAGACCUUGGCUAAUAGAGGGCUCACCCCCCUUGCAGUGCCUUUGGGGGAAGUAAAAGCAUGCUAACUGUUCACCUAACCCUGGGUCACGGAAGAGUUGUUCGGAGGUUGGCAACCGCCCCUCUAAUUCCUCGGAAACUGUAGGUAUACGAAAGCAGAAGACCAGCAUCAAAGAGAGUGAAUAAUGGAGGAAUCCUGUCUGCCACCUGAUGUUAAGUCUGGGGAUAUUGUUCGAAUUCACGCGACACAUGAAAUCACCAAAGCCGAACAUCGACUCGGAUUCUGGACAGCUGCGAAACAGUAUCCCAGGGCCAUCUUUUGGGCCAUGUUUUUCUGUAUUGCCGUGAUUAUGGCUGGAUUUGACGCCCAGCUGAUCCCCUCGUUCUACGCGUUGCCCGCAUUUCAGCAGCGAUUUGGGUUCUUGUACGAGGGCUCAUACAUCAUAUCAGCGCCAUGGCAGACAGCAUUGGGCAUGGGGAACCCUAUUGGCCAGGUUCUUGGUGCUCUUGCGAGUGGCUGGCCGCUGGAAAAAUUCGGUCGUCGGUUGACCUUGGCUGUCUGUUGCAUAUGGACGAUCGGGUUCGUCUUUGUGCAGUUCUUCGCGACCUCAAUCGGUAUGCUAUGUGCCGGUGAGAUGCUGGGAGGGCUAGCUUGGGGCUUCUAUGUCUGUAUUGCCCCCACAUAUGCCUCCGAAGUAUGUCCCCUGGCUCUACGAGGGGUGUUGACCGCGUCCGUGAAUUUGGCGUUCGUGAUUGGCCAAUUUGUGGCACAAGGAUGCGCCGCAGCGCUGGAGAGUAGGCUUGAUGAAUGGGCAUAUAAGGCUCCGUUUGCUAUCCAAUGGAUCUGGCCCGUUAUUCUUCUUGUUGGCCUGAUAUUCGCCCCCGAGAGUCCCUACUGGUUGAUUCGCCAGGGCCGGAAAGAUGAUGCUCGCGCAGCGCUUUUGAAACUUUCCUCGGCUUCGCAUCGUCCAAACAUCGAGGGCAUGCUAGAGAUGAUUGAGGAAACGGAUUGGAUUGAGAGGGAAAUCGAAGACAAUACGUCGUAUCUGGAUUGCUUUAAAGGAGUCAGUCUUCGGCGCACGGAAAUCUCAGUGAUGGUUUACCUGAUCCAAGUGAUUGGGGGGAAUCCGCUGAUUGGAUAUGCCAACUACUUUUUUGAGCAAGCUGGACUAGAUCCUUCUGAUGCUUUUAAUAUGGGAGUCGGGAAUACGGCCUUGGGCUUUGUCGGCACCUGUCUUUCGUGGCCAUUGAUGUCUCAUUUUGGACGUCGAACAAUCUACAAUUCCGGCCUGCUCGCCAUGACGGUUAUCCUGUUUGUAAUUGGGUUCCUGGACCUCGGGUCACAUCCCGACGGUGCGAUUUGGGCGCAGGCAUCAUUGAUGGAUAUUUGGACCUUCAUAUACCAAAUGACAGUGGGCCCCAUUUGCUUUGUUAUUAUUUCCGAAAUCUCAUCGACACGGCUGAGGGGACGCACUAUCGCGAUUGCAACCGCCGCACAAGCUGCGGCCAGCAUUGCGUUCACCGUGGCCAUGCCAUACAUGCUGAACAGCGAUCAAGCAAACUGGCGCGGUAAGGCAGGUUUCCUUUUUGGUGCAAUUAGCCUCGUAUGCUAUAUCUGGUGCUGGAUAAGGAUUCCCGAGAGUCAGGGUCGGACUUUUGGAGAAUUGGAUAUCUUGUUCGAUAAACACGUUCCUGCACGGCAGUUUAAGGAUCAUGAUCUUCUCGAAGUACGUCAUGAAGACGCGUGA